AUGAGAGAAAUCAUUUCUUUACAUAUAGGUCAAGCAGGGCUAUAAAUUGGUAAUUCCCUUUGGGAGUUGUUCUGUUUAGAACAUAAUAUUCAAUAAGAUGGAACUGUUCCAACUGAUAGAAUAUUGGAAGGACUAAAUUCUAAUAUUGAUUCUUUAUUUUCAUUGUCUUCAUAUGGAAGAUAUGUUCCAAGAGCAGUUUUCUUUGAUGAAGAUGCAACAGCAAUAAAUACAAUAAAAAAUGGAUAAAUGAGAGGAUUAUUUAACCGUUCUUAUGUACAUCAAUGUAAACUAGAAUCAGGAGGAUGUUGGGCAAGAAGUUUUGGAUCGAUUGUGCAAUAAGAAGGUGAAGAAAUAUUAGCUGAUAAAAUAAGAAAGUAAAUUGAAAAUUGUGAUGGUCUUUAAGGAAUCAUGCUUUAUCAUUCUAUUGGAGGAGGAUUUGGUGGAGGUUUUACAUCUAAAAUAUUGGAUUUACUCUCAACGGAUUUAGAAAAAAUCACUAAAGCAACUGUUUCUAUUAUGCCUUCAGAACAUUCAUUAACAUCUUCUAUUAUAGAACCAUAUAAUUCAUUAUUAACUCUUAAAUAUCUUAAAGAAAAGGCUGAUUUAUCUAUUAUGUUAGAAAAUUCAGCUUUAUAUAGAGUAGCUAAUUAAUAAUUAGAUAUUGAAAAUCCAAAUUAUUCUACUAUUAAUAGAAUGAUUGCAUAAUUGAUAUCAUCAGUUACUUAAUCUUCUAGAUUUAAUGGAACAAGAUUUGUAGAUUUAAUUGAAAUGAGAAUGAAUGUUAUACCAGAUCCUGAUUUUUAAUUUUUACAUGCAUCUUAUGCUCCUUUUGUUAAUAUUGAUAAGCAAAAUACAGAUUUGAUAAAUUUAUAAUAGAUCACUAAUUCAUUAUUUGAUGAAAAAGCAUCAUUUAUUAAUUGUGAUCAUAAAAAUAUUAAAUAUUUGGCAGCAAAUCUAUUUUUUAGAGGAGAUUGUCCUUGGACUGAAGUAAAAGGCGUUGUUGAAUCAUUAAAAAAAUCUCCAAAUAUUUAAUUUGCAGAAUUUGCUGUUCCUGUAUAUCAAAUUGCAAUUAGUGAUAAAGCACCUACUCCAUUUCCUAAUUGUGAAUAAGGUAGAUCAAAUAAAGCAGUUUGUAUGAUUGCUAAUUCAUCUGCAGUUGAAAUUCCUAUUGCACAAAUUUAAUAAAAUGUACAAAAUUUAUAUGCCAAACGAAGUCAUGUUCAUUGGUUUGUUGGAGAAGGAAGAGAAGAAGGAGAAAUCUCAGAAGCUAUUGAAUUAGUUUCUACAAUUAUUAAGAAUUAUAAAGAAGCAGGAUAUGAAAAUCCUGAUAAAGAUUAUUGUACUAGAGUUUAACAUGGAACUAAUUAUAUAAGACAAUUUGUAUAUACAUGUGAUUGUUUAGAUGUUGAAGCAUAUAGAAAAAGAGGAACUGAAGAAGGAAAGAAUAUGGAAGGUAGAUAUUUAGGAGUUUGUGUUCAAUGUGCUAAAAAGUGCCAUGUUGGGCAUAACCUUUAAGCUGAUAGAAUUCAUGAUGGAUUCUUUUGUGAUUGUGGUUUAGAGGAUUGUAAAGUUAAAUGUCUGUGUUAAAAAGAAGAAAAAUAAGAAGAUUAGGAAAAAGAAGAAGGUUCAUCAUAAUGA